AUGCCGCCCAAGCUUUCCAAAAGUGACAAGCAGGAUCUGAUUCUGACUCACCUACGCGCUACUGGCACCUGUCAUACGCUGAAAGAUCUGGAAAAAGUGCUUCCCAGUGUGGCCUCGAUCAACAGCAUCCAAGUCAAAGAAUACAUCCAGGCACUCACCGAUGAAAACAAACUACGAGUCGAAAAGAUCGGCAGCGGGAAUUGGUACUGGAGCUUCGGAAGUGAUGAAAAGCACGACCGCGAGCGCCAGUUGGCCCGGGUAAAGACGGAUGUGGAGAAAGCCCGGAAAUCCUGCACCGAUACUGAGGCGGGCCUGGCCGCUGAAAUGAUGCAGCGUCAACGGGAAGUCGACGAUACCAGCUGCGAUGCAGAGCGAGAGACCCUGCAAGGCAAGAAAGCCGACCUUGAAGACGAAAUUCGCCGACUCCGGGCUGCAGAGACCUCUGCGACUGACUCGGUGAACAACAAGGGCGUGCAGCAGCUGCAGACGGAGCUAGCGGGGUUCCGGCAGGAGGCGCUUCAGUGGACCGAUAAUAUUUACGUGCUGGAGGAGUAUCUGCGCAGAUUGGCCGGUGGAGACCGGGAAGUUGUUGAAUCGAUUCUGCGCGAAUGUUACGGAGUCGAAUACGUGGACGGCGAGGGCCUACAAGAGUUGUGA